AUGGUACCGCCAUCUCCAUCUUCUGCAAAAUCAAAUAAUCCUGAGCCGAGACCUCCAAUUCCUGUUGAACCCGAAGCCGACGCUUCUGCGGAUCUUACCAGCACACCAUCAACAACCAGGAAGAAAGUAGGGUGGUCUGAAAAGUACGACUACAAAGAUCCUCCUAAAAUUGUCACCGACAAACAUAUACUAUCCGCACACGUUAUCUCACCGCUGACACCAUCAGCGGAGCGCAAAGCAACCAAAUCAAUUCUGAAGACAAACCAUGGCCUCGAGCCUCUACACACUAUUGUACCUUCCGGAGGUAACGACACCAUAUCAAUCUCCAACUUUCCGUUACUCGACGCCAGAAUGUUAGAAUCAAUAUCAAAACAAUUGGCUGGGCAAGAUAGGAGCUCGAAGCUAGAUGCAUACACGACCUUGUCGAGUGCCUUGAAGGCCUGCAACAAUGUUCCGGAUCGGAAGGCUUUAUCGGAUAAGAUGGAUUUAAUACUACAAUUCAUAAAACGGGAUCUCAAUGCCAGACAUGAAACUGGAGCUCUCGAUAUCCAACUUGCUAAAGAGGCGCUAGUGCUCACAUCUAGCUUCCUCCACAAGAAGUCCAUUUCGGACAUGUUGACUUCGGAUUUCAACUGCUAUAUAGUGGACCACGCCUUGAAGACUUUCGAAAAUCCUGGAAUGUCAAAGGAAAUCGCUACACACCUGAUGUUCAUAAUUGCACAGCAAAAGUUUUCAGCUAGAAUCAUGACUGCCGAGAGAGUAACGAAGCUGAUAUCCGCAAUUCACAAAAUUGAGGAUUAUGUACGAGGCAAAAGCAUCGUAGAGCAACGCAUCAACAUCUACCGAACUUUUCUUAGGCAAUCCAAAUCUCAUAUGAUCUCUAAUUCAGAUUGGCUCGCUGAUCUUUUCAGCGAUAUGCUCAGCAGUUACUCAAAUAUUCAAACCGCUGCUAUUGCGUUUGGCGAAGAGGCUGGCCUUGACCUCGGGACGGAGAGCAAAGUAUCAUCAAAAGUCAUGGAAAUUUUCAAAGGAUCAGAUGGAAGAGAUGUCAAAUAUAUCGAAUUUUUCGCGGAUAGAUUGCGAAAGAUGGCAGCAAGAAAGCCUCCAGGUCCUACUCCUCGUAUUUGGGCGGUUGUCAUAUUAUUUCUUCGUGCUCGGCGCCAGCAGCUAGAGCACUGGGCUUUCAUAAAAAUAUGGCUUGACGUAAUCAAGAUCUGUUUCAAUUCUAGUGAUCAGAAUACGAGACUAGCGACAAAUUUGGCUUGGAAUCGCAUGAUAUUUGUAAUUGGUCUGGACGAGAAGGUCACUGCGAAUAUGAUGCAUACUCUCAGUCAACCUCUAAUUGCACAGCUUCAGAGAAAAGAUAUCCGCAAGGUCUCAAAUUCCGACAAUCUUUACCGCAAGUCAACUAUCAAUAGCAUAUGCAACUUAUUAUACUAUUCCGUGAAGCCAAAUAUAACCCAGGCACAACUUGACACAUUUUGGGACACACAUAUAGUUCAAAUCGUCGGGAAACGACUUACCCCUAGCGAUUAUGCGGAAAAUCCCACGUCAGCCGGGCAGGACUUGAGUGAUGCAUGCAAUAUUCUCUGUGGUCUAUUCAACUCACAUACUCAGCGGCCAUGGACACCAACCAGAGCUUUGAACGAUAAUCUUGUCAUAGCUCAAGAGCUUCCAGGACUCGAUCCUCGAUGGCUACGCAAAAAUGCUCUUCGAGUCUUCCAAAUCCUGAGUCCAAUAAUGGAGCUGCUCUACUGGGAGUUUGCUAUGUCCGAAAGCAAAAUAUCACUUCUUUGGGAGACUUACAUUUCCUCAAUUUCAUCCGCAGGGGCCAAGGAGGUUAAAACCUCGAAUGACACUAUGGCAUGUCUUGCCUUUCUGUUCAGCACACUGUACAAAAUCUGGCAGAAGGGACCAGAUGGCUUGAGUACCCUGCCAUAUCAUCGCAAAGACGAAGCAGUUUUUUUCGCUAGUUUUAAAGCCAUUGUCACUAUCGUUAUAUCUGGACUAGGAGUAUUGCCGUUCACUGAAAGGCUCCUAUCUAUGGGUCAAAAAGAUGAUUUUAUUGUCGUCGCAACCCCUUCACACCGACCUGGAAAGAUAAAGGGCCAAAUUAGGUCUCCACUUCAUCAUCUAUUCCUAUUGCUUGCUAGCGCUUCUCCAGGUGUUGGAAGUGAUUGUAAGUUCGUCGAAAUGGCCCAAGGGAUACUGACUCCGUUUUUCGAUGCUCGGCGUGUGAGUAAAGGGAAAAUGGACCUCGUCAAAGACCUUUUAGAUAUUCUCCCCACCGACAACACCGCAUCGUGCAAAGGCUUGUGGACCAUCCUAGCAAAAUUUGCUACCGUAGCGAUCAAUUUCCGCGAUGCUAGUGUUGUCUCUGGUUCCAUCCAUGAUGCACGCCCCCUUGGCGGUGAAUAUUGCAGUGUUGUGAAGAUUCUUGAUGCUGGGAUCAAUUUAUCACCAAAGGAGCCUUUGGAAGGAUGGGAAGAGCUUUUCCAAGCUUUGCUGAUGUCUGCAACAACCGAUUCUGGGCACGGGGGCAGAGCUAUUGUUGUCAUCGAACCUAUAGCUAAGACUUUGGCUUUGGUCUGGCAAUCAAACGGCGAAUGCUGUGGCGAGAAAGUGAAAUACUGUCUACUUUUAGUUGAACAAGCAUCAUAUCCAAAAGACCGGCAAGCCUUAGAUGCUGCUCGUCGCCGUCUCUGGGGUAGUGCAACCGCCGGUCCAAGAAUCGACAUCUUCGACCCCUAUCUCCAUUUGUAUGAAUAUAUUUCCCGGUGCUUAGAGUAUUCUUAUACCGAUCUUCCAUCAAACGACCACCACAGCACAUGUGACUUACUCAGUGAAAUUGAAGCACUUUUAGUUCGAUGCCCAAACGUUCUGUUAAUCGAAGCUUUGGCCCGACUUCAAAAUGGACUUGUUGGCUGGAUACGCGACGAAGGGGGCAAGCUGCAUGGCGGGAGUGAUAUAUCUCAAACGGUUAAUUCUCUCUGGGCGAAGAUCUGCUCAUUAUUGGGCUCUUCCACCAGUGAUCCACACGAAUUACUGGAAAACCUAGAACCAUUAUUGUGCUCCGGUCUAGGAAGCAAGCGUGUGUCUAUUGCAAAUACAGCCAUCAAAUUGUGGAAAGACACAUUUGGUUCCUUCAACGGCGAAUUGACAUAUCCGCCAAUGGUCAAAGAAGUUUUGUCAAGGCUUCUUCCAAUGGCUGAUAUCCCUCUUCCGUCAUUCUCUGAAAGCUCCGAAAAUGGGAUAUCUGGCAAUUAUAGGCAGCUUCCCGCUUUUAUUGAUACGCAGCCGGAUUGUAACAUUCCUAGUGAGGUCAACCUACCGAAUCUCUCAAACAAAGCUUCUUCAACUAUGAUUCAAUCACACAAACAAAAGAUUAUAGGUUCAUCUCCACGAGUUGUCACUGGAAUCAGCAAGGUGGAAUCUCGAAAGAGAUCCCGUGAAACAACCCCGGAACCUGGAAAAAGAAAGACAAGGAAAAAGAGCUCCGUUGCUAGGCUACGACACGAUGACUCUCAGAUACAAUUUGAGGCAAUUGCAGGCUCAUCACCUUUGUCGGAAUCGAUAUAUGACUCGGAUAUUUUGACAAGCCGGCAGAAAGAGGUCAGGGAACGACAAGCUGAAGCUGCAGCUAUGUUCCCAGAUAUCAGGUCUAGCCCCCCACCCAGCUCAAGGCCAACCUCCGAGCAUGUUGAUAACAAUAAUGAAUUACCUUCACGCCAAUCUGCUUCAAAACUACGCUUAGAGACACCGGCCAAUAGUCAAAGACAAAGUACACCGGAUACCCGGAUUAUCGAAAACCAGGAUAUUUUUCUUGCAUCAUCACCCACCCCAGCACGUCAUAUCCUUGCUUCCAAAGAUAUUUCUUGUCCUCCUUCAUCGCCACCAGCCAUUGCUCCAAACAAGCAUUCGGCAUUUAUAUCUAAGGAUAAUAGCGUAGCAAUUACAUCUUCGCCGCCACAGGCUGAGACAAGGAACAGUGCUUCCUGGAGUGCUGUACACAAAGGCCUCAAUCAGUUUGAGCAAUCACCUCCACCACCUGAUUUGCCAAUGAGCAAGAGUGCUUCAGUGCCUCCCACUUCUUCCGAUGAGUUCAAUGUCACUUCAUUUCCCACUCACUUUCCGGACGACUUUGAUAAUGAUCCAACCAUCAAUCGUCCACUAAGCUCUUUUGCACAAAAAGUAUUAUAUGCUUUUGAUCCUGGCCAAACCAUGUCUACAUACAGAAGCACAGCUAUGUCUUCAGGUAGAGACGAAGAUAUGGACGUAACCAUUGAACUUACAAGUAGCGAAGAGAAGGCUAGAGAUGAAUACCUCCAACAACCAUCCACUGAGAAGGGGGCUAGCAACGCUUGCGAUGUCCCAACUUUUGAAACUUGCAAAGAUUCAGUUAUCAGCAAUGAUUCAAAUUUACCAUCAACUCCAAGACGAAGCCAGCGUCGUGUGGUAGCAACGCAACCUGCUCCAAAUACUACAAGAGACGUUAAUGUAGAGUCAAGUGCAGUCUCUGCAGAUAAACCGCCGAGCGACGAUGAGAUUUUUGAAGAUGCUGUAUCUUCUCCACGAGCACUACCACCUCGGAUACAGACAUCGGAGGCGGUUUCUGUGCCAGAUAACAGCUCCUCUCCUCUUACCGACCUUGAUGAAUCUAGCUUCUACAGGCUUGCAAAUUCUGUGGAUCGCAAAUUGGCUGAGAACCGAGACCGGGGUGCCCCGAUACAUGUAUCAGCAAAGAUCGGUGCUGUCCCCCUUAAUUCUGUUUUUCCCGAAACACCUCAAAUAAUUUCCGGUCCCAAACGAAGAUCCCCUUUUCGCUCCAUGUCUCGAUCCUCGGCCAUUCAAUCCGUUAUUCCUGAAACUCCAGCACCACCGCCAUUGAAAAAGGAUGGCGAGGAUGACAUAUCGAAUGAACUUGCAGAAGAUAACUCUAAUGCUGGUUCUGCUAUCACUAUGGAGCCCCAGGUUGGUAAUCAACAAGUGCGCGGAGUCAAUACAAGCAAAAGUACAAAGCCAGCUCGGCGGAAGAAUUCACCAGUCAAAAUGAGGAUUGAGAAUGGGGGUCGAAUGGAAAUUUCGGGGAAAAAGCGAAAGUUCGAUGAAAUUCUUGACAUUGGUAGUGCGGUGCCUGACAGUCAGGAGGCGCCGGAAGAUGGUAAGCGUGAUAUCUUCUUCCCAUGGGAGCCAAAAAGAAUACUAAAUAGCGACACAGUUCAAUCACUACCUUCAUCAAAGAGGAGAAAAGGUCGCUCAGCCAAGACGCCAGAAACUUCUAUAAUAUCAAGUGCUUCCGAACCCCAAUCUGCUCGUUCCGAACGAUCUGAACGAGCCAGUCGAAGAAAUACUCGAUCGUCACAGGCCAGAACUAUUAUUGAAAAUAAUUCGAGCAUGGAAGACCUACCGGAGUUUAAUUCUGCAUCGAAUGUCAUUGAGGCCAAUUCUUCUAUAGUCGCAAACGACAACCCUGCCACUCCAGUUCCGGGUAACGAAGCUAUUGGCGACACAAACUUUGGUGUACCAGAAUCAGAGGAACGAGGGAGCCCAGUACCUGAUCAACUGAACUCAGAUUAUGUAGAGGAAACUUUGUUACAAUCACAAAUAGCUGAGGAGAUGCAAUUAGGAUCACAGGAGGCCACAAACGAUCAAGAGGAGAAAAUAGCAAAAACUGCUUCAACCGCUCCCACAUAUCAGAAUAUCAAAGAGAGGUUAUUAAGCUUAGUCAAGGAUCUUGAGGAUGCUGCUCUCAGCCGAGAUGAAGGAAAUGAGAUGGAAGAUAUGUUUAUGGAUGCAAAAGUCCAAUUGUAUGGUGCGAUUAAACGAGGAAGACAAUUGGCUGAUGGUUAA